AUGCUUGGGCUAGGCGACAACGGGAUUUCCCCCACCAAUGUGGCCUCGACGUGGGGAGGUUUGAUAUUCUUGUGUUGCUGCAUGACUUCUAUUAUUUAUGUUCUUUUAGGUCUCUUUGCCUGCCGGCGUCUAAUUCGGUCGAACUGGCGUUGGGUGCUAAUUGUGGCCCUCUACUGGGUGGUUGGCGUGCUGCACGCGUUCCUGUCGCUCGCCAUAAUUUGUGUGGCGGUGGCCUGUAUAUUUCGGACCUUUGCUGACAAGGCAAUAGAGACCACCGAGACGAUCGCGUACUCGGGAGUUAUGGUUGUGCUGACGGUCUUCUUUGCUCUAGGACGGAAGUCAAUUGUCUAUGCAUUGUAG